AUGUUUGUGAAGCUGUUAGAGCUGGCCUGCCCUAGGCGACCAGUUAUCCUUCAUAUUCGGGGACGAGACACUUACUCUUGUGGGGUGAGUGCUCUCGCUCUCCGUCUUAUGAGGGAGAACGUCAGUCCAACACAAAAAAUACAUCUCCACUGCUUUGCGGGCACUCUUGACCAGGUGCUAGGUUGGUCCGCCGCUUUCCCUCGAUGCUAUUUCAGCCUUUCGGGUCUUGCUGCACGCUUCGACGAGGUGCAGAAGUCUGCCGUUCGAGGGAUUCCGGCGGAUAGGCUGCUGGUGGAAACUGAUUCCCCUUACUUGCGUGUCCGUGUUCGUGAAACUAACACUCCGGCAUACGUGGGAGAGGUGGCGAUGGCGGUGGCUCGGAUAAGGCGGGUGACCCUUGAGGAGGUUCUGCGGACAACUGCUGAGAACGGCAGGCGUUUGUAUAACCUCUAA